UGUUUCAAAAGUAAACAAUUCAAAGAAAACACACCUUAUUGCCGCGCGACCACAUCCACGAAACCCACACCUUACCAAACACCACACGCGUGCGAUCAAUCUAUCACUUCUCCAGCUCAUCACAUACCCACCACAUUCACACGCGCAACAUCACGUAAAGACAAUGGAAACCACCCACCGCAAAAUCGAACUCCAAUCCCCUCUCGACCUAAUCUACCUCCGCAACAACACCACCUCCACCGCCCGCGAAAAGCUCGACCUCCAUUUCCCUCCCUCCGCCGCCCCCGAAUCCGCUUCCGACGAUGUAUUGCGAUCACGCGUUGAAGAAUUGGUGCAACAAUACAUCAGCAAAGUGUUUGAAAAUGCAGGACCCAAUUUGGCGGUAAAUGGGUUGGAGGGCAAGGAGAUGGAAGAGGCGAUGAGGGUGGCUGAGAUGGGUAGGGAUGAAUUGGAACCCUAUGAUUCGAAACUACAGACGAAAUUGUUGAAUCUUUCCGCAAAGAUUGAAAACUUGACGUUGCAACUCGCCAAUCUGCGACGAACGGCUCCGGCGCAGGCGGCUGCUUCUUAUGCUGCUGGUCUGGAGAAGGAAGAGAAAGAAUUUGAAGAGGCGAGACAAAGAGCUGAAGAGCAGAGGAAGAGGAUGUUGGAAGAGGAGGGUGUGCAGUUGGGCACGGAAGGCGUCAGAGAUUGGGAAGAGGCGGAGAGAAAUUGGGAACAAGCUACAAAAGGCUUGGUCGAUAUCAAGGAGAAGAUUGGAGAGACUGGAGCGAGGUUGGUGCAGGCUAGAGAUGCUGCCGCAUAUCUGGAUCAAGUUGGCAAGUGAUUGUCUCGAAAGUUCAAUAUCGUUUUCGCAUUCUUUUGGGUGGUUUGGUCUUCGCGGUCGAGGUCCAUGGCGUUUGGUGGUUUGGCUGUUCUUGGGCGAUACCCCUUUUCUGCAGUCAUAGAGACUCUUUACUUAGUUGGAGCAUUUCUGCUGAAUGAUAUGAUAUUUGUUUUUCUUCCA